GGGAGAGCCCAGCUGCUGGCCCUCGCGCUCGUCGCAGCGACGACGCAUGCCUUUAGCCUGCCCAGUGGGAGAGCCCAGCUGCUGGCCCUCGCGCUCGUCGCAGCGACGACGCAUGCCUUUAGCCUGCCGCGCGCGACGCGACGAACCCGGCUGCGCGCCGCGGCCGUCGAAGCCGUCGAAGAGUUCGACGUUGUUGUGAUUGGGAGCGGCAUCGGCGGGCUGUCGUGCGCUUCAUUAUUAGCGGCGGCGGGACGGGAGGUCUGCGUCCUCGAGGCGCAUUAUGAAUUAGGAGGUUGUGCCCACGAGUACGAUGUUGAUCUGGACGGGAAGACGAUCCCGAGCGAGAAGCUGAAGACCAUGGACCCGCGGCCGCCGACGUUCAAGUUCGAGGCCGGCCCCUCAUUGUACAGCGGCUUCUCGCCCGACCGGUCGCCGAACCCCCUCAAGCACGUCUACCAGAUGAUCGGCGAGGAGCCCGAGUGGAUUACGUAUGAUAAGUGGGGCGCCUACCUCCCGGAGGCUCCCGAGGGCUACGAACUGAGUAUAGGUGCCGAGAACUUUCUCGAGAUUCUGAGACGCUACGGCGGCCCGACGGCCGUCGCGGACUGGAACAAGCUGGCCGAGGUGCUGCGGCCGCUGGCGAAGGGCGUCAUGGGCGUCCCCUCGACGGCCGUUCGGGGCGACGCCGGCGUCCUCGCGACGUUGGCGCUGCGGUAUCCGGGCCCCUUCCUCAACGUCGUCAAGGACGCGCCAAAAAUUCUGGGGCCCUUCGACAUGGAGGAUCCAGAAAGUCCGUUCUACGUCGAAGAUCAGUUCCUGCGGAACUACCUCGACCUCAUCGCCUUCCUCCUGCAAGGCCUGCCGGCCUCGGGAACGCUCACGGCGGUCAUGGCCUACAUGGUCGAGGACUUCUACAGAGAGGGCGCGGUGAUGGACUUUCCAAGAGGCGGGUCGCGCGGCCUCGUCGAGGCGCUGGCCCGGGGCGUGACGAAGCGGAGCGGAUGUGAUGUGAGGAGGUCGACGACGGUCGAGCGCGUGGUGGUGGAAGACGGCCGCGCCGUCGGCGUUUUGUUGAGAGGAGGCAAGACGAUCCGGGCGAGAAAAGGCGUCGUGUCCAAUGCUGACCUAAAGAACACCUACGACCUCGUGGAACGGGGCAUUUCUCAGAAAUUCGACGAGGAGCGCGACGCGAAUCUGAAAAAUGUGAAGCUCUGCAAGUCUUUUGUGCAUGUGCAUCUCGGCGUGCCGGCGUCGGCGAUUCCCGACGACGCGCCGCCGCAGUGGACGGUGGUCGGGCCGUCCUGGGACGGGCCCAUCGACAAGAGCGGCAAGGUCGUGGUCGUGAGCGUGCCGUCGAAGCUCGACCCCAGUCUAGCGCCGGAGGGCUACCACGUGAUCCACGCCUACGGCGCGGGCAACGAGCCCUACGAUUUGUGGAAGGAGUUCGAGGGCAAGACGAAUACGGAGGCGUACAAGGCUGUGUGGAAAUCAACCAGUGCAUCGGGUGCCAAUUCUUCACUAAGUCAUUUCUCGGCGAUGACGCGGCCGUCCUGGCUCGGUCGAGCGGUGAGGAACCGGCAUCGCCACGUCAUCGAGCAGACAUCGCGUCGAUGGCGUGGAGGACGACGCGAUGAUUCAGCACGAACGCGCAGUAAAAUUUUGAUUUCCACACAGGUACAAGGCGUUCAAGGAAGAACGGGCGCGGCCCAUCUUCGACGCGAUCGCCAAGCGCGCCCCGGACGCGCGCAAAUCCGCCGUCGUGGAGCAGAUCGCGUCUCCAAUAACGCACGCGCGAUUCCUGCGGCGCCACGAGGGCAACUACGGCCCGGCGAUCGCCGCCGGUUCCGGCGUCGAAUUUCCUACGGUGACGACGCCGCUGCCGGGCUACUACCGGUGCGGCGACAGCACGACGGCGGGCAUCGGCGUGCCGGCCGUCGCGUCGUCGGGCGCCCAGUGCGCGAACGCUCUGCUCAACGUCUUCGAGCAGCUGAAGCUGAACGGCCUGAUCCGUAUGCCUUAAUCAAUGUGUUAUCUAUUAGUCUUGGGGGGCGCGGAAGAUAUAUGAUAAAACGUGUGAGCGCUCAGGCCAGGAUGGCGAGGGCCGCGGCCGCGGCGCAGAACGCGACCUUGACGGGCAGCGCCAGCGCCAGGAUCGCCUUGACGAGCGCGUGGGCCGGGGCCAGCGCGCGGGCGAGCGGGCCCUUCCGCGGCUGCUUCGCCGCCGCUGGGGCCGGCUUCUUCGCCUUCGGUGCCGGGGCCUUAGGGGGCUUCGGCGCCGUCGCCUUCGGCGGGGCUGGCUUGGUCGCCUGCUUCUUCGGCAUCGCCUUCGGCGCCUUCGCCUUCGGCGGGGCCGGCUUGGACGCCUGCUUCUUCGGCAUCGCCUUCGGCGCCUUCGCCUUCGGCGCGGCCGGCUUCGGCGGGGCCGGCUUGACCUUCGGCACCGGCUUGAGCGCGGCGGUCUGCGCCCGGAGGACGAUGGCCUUCCGCGUCACGGCGGGCGCCGCGACCGGCGCGACGGGCGCCACGGGCGGCGGCGCCGUGACCACGACGGCGGCGCCGAGGGCCACGAAGGCCACGAGGGCCGCGAGCGUGACGGGGAUGCGACGCGCGGGCGCCGGCGGCGCGGCGGGCGCGAGCUCCGGGAACUUGCCGAGCUCGGAAAAGGGCGCGUCGAGUUUGGGGGUCCGCGGCGGCGGCGUCAUGAGCAGCGGCGCCGCGGGCGAGGCGACGGGCGUUUUCGGCGUCGUCGGCGCGAUGGCGCGCUCCGAGUGCAGCGGCGUGUCCGAGCCCGUCUCCGAGAACUCGGAGGUCGAGCCGCCGGAGCUGCGCAGCGUACUUACGGCCCGCACCGGCGACGGCGACGGCUGCGGCUUCGGGGCCGGCGACUUGGCCGGCGCGAGCGCGUUGCUCACGUCCUUGAGGCCGCGGCGCCGUUCGGGGAACGUCGCGAUGGCAGCCGUGACGGCGGCGCGCAGGCCGAAGGGCGGCGACGCCGGCGACGAAACCGCUGCCACUUUAGCGCUCUUCUUCUCUUCGACGUCGCACGGCGACAGCGCAACCGCGGGCAGCGGGCUGUCCGCCAUGGCGCCGUGGAAGGCAGGAGAUUGCAUCAUGCUGCACACGGGCCAGCACGGGCGAUUUCCGCCUCUUGGGCAAUCUCAAACCGUAAUUGAGUCCUAAUAUGUCC